AUGCGGUCUGGGAAGCCUCCUCCUUACGUCUUCGCGGUCUUCGGGCUGAGCGGUCUUUCGGCGCUCCUGCUCCUGUUCCUCGGGCAACCUCCGCCGGUUUCCAAACACACGCCGCCGCCGCCUCGCUUUCCCCGCCUGCCUCGUCUCCAGGAGAGCAACUUCCUCCGGCGCGCCUGCGGGGCUCUGGCUCGGGGGCAGAAAACCUUGGUGUGGGGGAACCAUCUCGGGACGUCCUUGGGCAGAGCCGCCUCCUGCCAAGACUACGUGACGGGGAGCCACUAUGUGACCCGGGUCGUCUCUGCCGAAGCGGCGGCUUUCCCCUUGGCUUACGUCUUCACCCUCCACAAAGAACUGGGCACCUUCGAGCGGCUCUUCAGGGCUGUUUACGCCCCCCACAAUACCUACUGCAUCCACGUGGAUGAGAAAGUGCCCGCUAGGUACAAGCAAGAAGUGGAGAAAAUCCUGGAGUGCUUCCCCAAUGCCUUCCUGGUUUCCAAAGCGGAGCCUGUGGUUUACGCUGGCAUCUCCAGGCUUCAGGCUGAUUUGAACUGCAUGCAGGACCUGCUGAGAUACCCCGGCUGGAAAUACGUCCUCAACAUGUGUGGCCAAGAUUUCCCCCUCAAAACCAACAAGGAGAUUGUCCAGCACCUGAAAAAGUUCAAAGGGAAGAAUAUCACCCCUGGCAUCCUCCCUCCACCCCACAUAACUUCAAGGACCAGAUUUGUAUACAAGGAGCACAUAGGCAAGCAAGCUUCCUUCAUGCAAAGGACCGGGACCCCCAAACCGCCACCUCCCCACAACCUCACUAUUUACUUCGGGUCUGCCUAUAUUGCUCUCACGAGGCCCUUUGUGGAGUUCCUUUUCAAUGACUCCAGGGCCAUUGAUUUGCUCCAAUGGUCCAAAGACACUUACAGCCCCGAUGAACAUUUUUGGGUAACGCUCAAUCGGAUUCCAGGUGUCCCCGGUGCCAUGCCAAAUGCGACAUGGGAAGGCAACUUGAGAGCUGUGAAAUGGAGCGACGCAGAAAGAACUCACGGAGGAUGCCACGGUCGUUACGUCAGAAGCAUAUGUGUCUAUGGAACUGGUGACUUACCAUGGCUGCUGAAAUCCCAAAAUUUAUUUGCUAACAAAUUUGAACUCAAAACAUACCCACCUACUGUAGAAUGCCUGGAAUUGAAACUUCGGGAAAGAGUACUGAAUGAGAGCGAAAUACCAGUUGAACCAAGUUGGUACUUUUAAUUUAAAAAAGAAAAAAACUUACUGGGGGAAGAAGGAUAAUAAUAAAAACCGCUCCUUUUAGAGCAACUGUUUUUGCCUUGACAUGAGGCAUAUUUUUUUUUGAUGUUCCAAUAUGGGUAAUUUUUUUUAAUACAGGAAAAAUCUUUGCAUUUUACUGGACCUAAGGAUUCUGCAAACAUCUUUGUAUUUCACUGACUUUUAUUCAAUUUUUUUUUAAAAAAAAUCGGUACAGGAUUCUCCUCUUCUUUCAAUUACGUAUAUUACUGCUUGCUAACACCCUCAGGGAAUAAAAAAAAUUCUGAAUAUUGAAGUUAAAGAGGGAAUUCGGAUGAUCUUACUAACUGAUGAUGGUUUACAUGGAAGGAUUAAGACUUUCACCAUGGAAGAUUCAGAGAUGGGAGUUUAUCUUCUAGCUCAGCUUGCUAUCUGCACACCUAAGUUUUGCUUCUACCUGUACUCUACCUGUUAACUACUUGCGUCCAAAUUCUUAGACUCUGCUUUUUCUAUUAUCUGGUAAGCUUGUGGAAAUGGCCUUUUGCACUACUGAAGACUUAUCCUCUUUAAUAGCAGCAAAGCAGCCUGUGAAAUCAGGGUAGGACAGAAGAUCCGAAAGACAGAAUAAGAAUGUAUAGAGUAAAAUAUGCACUGGAAAAAUACAUUAAUAUUAUAUCGAUUGUAUGUUUUCACUCUUAUAAAGUUUUGCUUGGCUACUUAAUGAUCCCAGAAAUUAUGUAAAGAAGAGCUUCUAGGUGUACAGAAAUAAUUUAAGAUGGACCAUUUAUUUUAUUUUAUUUAGAAAGCUAUCACUGUAUUCAAAGCAAAAGUGCUAACAUUGUCUUUUAUACCAUCUGCUAAUCUGAAAGUCAUUUUCCUUGUUCUUUAGGCAACCUUUCUGCAUACAAUUUAAAUUUCCAUCCCAAUAUAUGCUAUAUACUGUUUACUAAAAGUUUUAGGGUGAAAAAGAAAAAUAUAUAUAAACACUCGAAUGUCAACCUUUUCUGGAGCAACACAGAAAAAAAAACUUUAUAUCUUAGGUUGAAUAUUAAAAUCCUACCACGAAGUACCAGGAAAGAUAUUUAUGGCAAUCAUUAUACUAAUAAAAUGCCUAUCUUUGCAGCGGUCCUUUAAGCGUUAUAUAAUUUCAGUGUCAUAUUUCUGUUAAAAAUAUUGUCUGUGUCCCCAUUAUUCUUUGUUUUACUUUUAAGUGAAAUGGAAUUAUUUCCCCCCAUAAAGACAUGGGUUUGCCAAGAUUCACUGA